GCCCAUCGCCUUCCCGCCUGGUCCUGGUGCACCGGGCCUCCUUCCAUCCAAUUCAUCCCCCCUCGUCGCUGCAUUCGAUGCAGACUCGCUGUCGUCCUUGGCUGCUGCUGCUGCUGCUCUUGGCCUGAUCAUCCCAUCGCAACCGCAUCCAUCUGCUGUCGGAGCAACCCGUGUCUGUCCAAGCUCCCCCAGCCCGCCAGUCUCUUGCCUCCCGCCACCACUUCUCCGUCUCCCCACCCACCACCACCCCGCUCCUUCGCCAUGCAGUCCGGCCUCGUCAGCGCCAUCAACUGCAGCGAUACCACCUUUGUCCUCUCCAGCCCUACCAACUAUGACCUGUGUUCGAAGCAAACUGCCGAUCAUGUCCACGGGAUGGCUAGUCUUCUGGGCAGUGUGAUUGUUCUGUUCAUGAUGGCCUUUCUCAUCGACAGGAUUCACCAAAUCCGGCACACCCCGAGCAAAGUCACAUUUUUCGUCUCUAUCGCCAGUAUAUUUCUGCAGGGCAUCGCAACAAGUACACUCUACCUGUCAAAUGGCCGAGACUACUUUGUUCAGCCCGGCUUCUACAACAGCGUGAUCAUCCUCAUCGGAGUCCUCAACGGACUCUUCCAGCUCUCUAUGACCGCCCUGGUGUAUCUCCGAGUCGAAGUGGUCGUGUCGGAACUGCGGCCGUGGCUGCACUACCUCUUCCUCCUUCUUGUGUCGCUGUCGUUCUUCACCGGCUCCUGCAAGGUCGUCGACAUGUACCUGUGGCAUGUCACCGCGACACAAACCUCGGUCGAUACAAACCCGCUGAGCAGCAUCCGCUGGUCAACGUCAAUCGUGUCCAACUUUUACUAUGUCUUUAUCGAUAUUGGAUUCCAAGGCCACAUUAUUUACAGUUUAUGGAAAGCCCGGCGUAGUGCCACCGUAACAGAGCAGGACCAUUUGGCACCCUCCCUGUUCUGGGGCACUGUCGUGCGGUCCCUGGCAUUCAUCAUUGUCAGCGCUACUGUCUCUAUUGCCGAGAUCACAACAACGACCAAGGCCGUGAUGAUGUCACACGUUCUCGGGAGCCCGUUGGUCUCGUUUCUUCCGUUCUUGAUUAUUACCGAUCUGACACGGUUGCGAACGCUCCUCUCCAUUUCCAACAAGAUGGACCCGCUCGACGACAGCUUUCCGAUGCGCAAGGAGCGGGAGCGAACGUCGUUUGACCAGUUCUCGCCGACAUCGUCACGGGUCAAUGUCAGCCAGGCCUUCCCGCGAGUGACAGGCACUUCAAUCGAGCUUGCCCGUCACCCUGCCAGCGUGACGACCUCAAAUGCUGCCAAGAUCCCCAUCAGGCGCUGAUCCCUGUCUCUGAUCCAAGAGAACAGUGGCUCGCCAUCGCCUUGAGACCCUGUCCUCGCCUCGAGCCUCCACGACACCAUCGCCACUCGCUCUCCCCAUCAUCAUCGCUCCCCUCUCCUCUCGUUCUCUCUCACGUGGCGUCAGCACACCAGAGUGAACUGAAUCCCGAUCUUGCAUCCAAGUCAGGGGACGGUGCCAUACCUCGUCCCUCCAGAGUAGAGUCUGACCGUCACUGUCCACAUAAGCGUCCGCCACCCACCAGGAGCCUACCCAAAGUAUUGAUACCGCAAAUAUAACCUGAAUACCAAUCCA